AAGAAGAAGAAGAAGAAAGGAAAAGCUGAGAAAUCCAGUUUCGAGUGUGCAAAGGUGGAAAAAAAAAAAUAGUUUCGAUCGAACACAUAUAUAAUACCAGAUUAUAGUCCGUGGCGUCAAAAUGCCGCGAGCACAUUUUGCUUUAUGUCUGCUUGGCUGCAUUGCACUCUCUGGAGUUGCGCACGCUGUCUAUGAGGACUGCCAGACGCCGCCGCCGGUGGAUCAUGCUCGGGCAGAGCUGUACGUGGAUAAGGACAUUAACACGGCGAUCUACGUCUGCUCGAAAGGUUUUCUGUUAGAGGGCCCCACUGAGCUGAUUUGCAAUGUGACAACGGAGGAGUGGCAGGGCGAUCCGCCCUACUGCUCGCCAAUGUUCCGCGAUGACGAAUACUACGAUGAGUACGAAACGAUCGAUGAUAAGGAUCUGGAAGACGAUGCACUGUCAGCUGAGGGUGAGGAUCCUGUGGCGCCACCACCACCACCGCCACCAGUAGAGAAGGAGGAGCAGGAGCGGCUGGCGGAGAUGGAGGCACAAGCGGAGGACGAGGAGGACGACGAGGAUGAGGAGGACGAGGAGGCAGCAUUGAACCCUCAGCCAUUGGCUGAAACGGAGAGCAUUGCUGCGCCAACGGCUCCUGCUCAAGCCCCAGCUGUAGUCGAGCCAACAAUUGUGGUGCACGUGGAUGAGCCACAGCCCAAAGAAGCGGUGCAGCCAGAGCCAGAGCUGGAGGCAGCGCCAACAGCAGAAGUUCAUCAUCCUGUUGCCGGAGUUGCUGCUCCUGUUACGGAUAUCAAUAUUGUUGUAGAGCCCACGGAGGAUCCGUUCACACCACGUCUCCUGGACGAGAACUGCGGCGAGGAUCGCGGUGGCUGUGCCCACAAGUGCGAGCGUCUGCUCUUCCCUGGCGAGAACGAGCCAAGGCUGAAGUGCAGCUGCAACGAGGGCUACACGCUGGAUCCCCAGGACUAUGCAACCUGUCAUGACAUCGAUGAGUGCUUGGAGUCGAAUGGCGGCUGUGCCGAGAUCUGCAAUAAUCUGCCCGGCACGCAUGAGUGCGCCUGCCGCAAGGGCUACCAGAUCCAGGCCGACGGCAGCUGCGCGGAUAUCGACGAGUGCGCACAGCCGGAGGUGCAGGCCGAAUGCAGCAACGCCUGUGAGAAUACGCCGGGCUCCUAUCGCUGUGUCAUACCGCUGGACACCAAGCAGGAGCUGGACAAUGAGCUUGCUGGCGAUCCUGUUGAGGAGCCGAAGGUGGUGGAGGAGCCAGCUGUGCAGAAGCCCAGCUGCAAUGCAGGAUUCGUGCUCUCGCAGGAUGGCCAGGAGUGCCAGGACAUCAAUGAGUGCGAGAUCGUCGUGGAGGACAACGAGAAUGCGGAUCAUGUGCCGCAUCGCAUCUGCCAGCAGCUGUGCGAGAAUACGAUUGGCUCCUAUCGCUGCAGCUGCCGCGAGGGCUUCCACCUGCAGCAGGAUGGCAGCAGCUGCGUGCCCGAUAGCUGUGACGACCUGGACAAUGCGCAGCUGAGUCGCCGGCGCUGCGCCCAUGAGUGCGAGGAUCUGCCCAGUGGCGGCUACGCGUGCCGCUGCCCCGAUGGCUAUAGGCUGGCCGAGGAUCGGCACAGCUGCGAGGAGCUGGAGACGGUGUGCAGCCGGGAGCAGGGGCACGAGCGCUGCCGGCCGGGCAGCUGCGUGGCCAACGAGGCCAACGGCACCUUCAGCUGCCUCUGCCCGCCGGGCUAUGCCAGCGACGUGUACAGCUGCCAGGAUCUGGACGAGUGUGCCCUGGGCACGCACAAGUGCAGCCACGACUGCUUCAACACGGCCGGCGGCUAUCAGUGCCUGUGCCCGCGCGGCAUGUCGCUGCAGGAGCCGGAGGGGCACACCUGCGUGGCGCCCGACCCCUGCGCCUUCAACAACAACGGCUGCGAGCAGCUCUGCCUGAGCGCCGACGGCGGCGCCUGCACCUGCAGCAAGGGCUACGUCCUCGGCGCCGACCAGAAGAGCUGCCAGGAUGUGGACGAGUGCGCCGUGAACAAUGGCAACUGCCAGCAGCUCUGCCGCAACCUGCCAGGUGCGCACGCCUGCGCCUGCGAGCGGGGCUACGAGCUGCAGCCCGACGGACAGAGCUGCCAGGAUGUGGACGAGUGCGCCGGCCUGCUCUCCGGCGGCUGCACUCACGAGUGCAUCAACAAGCCGGGCAGCUACGAGUGCGGCUGUCCGCUGGGCUACCUGCUGCAGGAGGACGAGCGCAGCUGCCGACCUGCCCUAGUGGGCUGUCCGCCCGGCUCCCGCCAGACGGAGCAGGGCUGCCAGCCAAUCGAGUGCGCCGUUGGCCUCCUGCUGGGCGCCGAUGGCCGCUGCGUGGACAUUGACGAGUGCCGGCUGAACAACGGCGGCUGCUCGCACACCUGCCGCAACACCCAGGGCUCCUACCAGUGCGUCUGCCCGGCUGGCUACCAGCUGGCGGCCAAUGCGCGCGACUGCCAGGACGUGGACGAGUGCGCCCGGGCCAACGGCGGCUGCGAGGGCAGCUGCAUCAAUGAGCCGGGCGGCUUCCGGUGCGAGUGCCCGCCGGGCAAGCGUUUGUCCUUUGACGAGCGCAGCUGCUAUGAGGUGCCCGCUAUCGAGCCGAGAGUAGCGCCAUUUCCGCUGGCUCCUAGAGCGCCGGCUGCUCCUGCUGCACCACCUGCACCACCAGUGAUGCCUGUGCGACCGCUGCCCACGCUGCGACCGGUUACAUUCUUGGAGCCCACCGUCACCCCUUCUGUCGCCAGUGCCCCGCUGCCACCGCUGCCGCCCCUGCCCACUCUGCCCAUUCAACCCCCUCAGUCCGUACCCAGCUUCCAGGUGAGAGACCGCUGCCAGCGCUUCCAGGCGCCGGCCAAUGGCCAGGCCCAUUGCAACCGGUAUCGCCACAAGCGCAAGCUCUUCUACAACACGCGCUGCAAGGUGCGCUGCAAUCCGGGCUACGAGCUGAUUGGCUCCGAGAUUCGCAGCUGCGGCGCCUCUGGCAACUGGGAGGGACAGGAGAACAAGUGCGUGCCUGUCUCGCAGCCACGUCUCUGGCCUUCCAUAGCCACGUCCCGUGCCCAGUCCGGCUGUCCAGCGCUGCCAACGCCACGCAACGGCAUCAUCUCGCCCGCCAGCUGCACCCUGGGCCCCUCCAGCUUCGGCUCCAUCUGCCUGCUGCGCUGCAACAUGGGCUACGUGCAGGUCGGCCCAAUGUCCACCACUUGCUUCAACGGCUGGUCGCUGGGCCCCCUGGAGUGCAAGCCCCUGGACUCGAACUUCUUUGGCGCCCAGUUGAGCACGCAGCUGCCAUCGCCCUGGCAGCCGCAGCAGGCCUUUAAUCUGCCGCAGCCUCAGUCGAUUCAGCGGCUGCCCACCCGACCCUACAUCAAGUGCCCCCAGAACGUGGUCAUCCUGCUCGGCCCACUGCAAAGCAGAGCUCAUGUCAUACUCCAGCGUCCGGCCACGAAUGUGGACUACCGUCAUGUGAUGGCCUUUCCGGCCUGGGCCAAGCAGCUGGAGGCUCAUCUGCCCGCCGGCACGCACAAGAUCGUCUACAGGGCGCACGAUCCGGCCUCAGCACUGAGCGCGGCCUGCCAGACCAUCAUCACCAUCAAGCGGGCGUCGGCUCCCAAUGCGUUGCCCUCGCAGUUCCCCAGCUUCAGGCCAGCUGCCAUGUCAGCCUAUCGACCCGCGCCCGUGCCCGAGUUUUCAUCGAGACCUUACGCUCAUCUCAUUGAUGCUCGCUCCGAGAGCCUGGUUGCCCAGCCACCGGCAGAGCCGAUCCCAGUUUCAUCUGCAGCUUCGCGAUCUGCCGAGAGCAGUCGCAUCGAUCUGGGCUCCUCCUCGACCCGCUUCUGUCCGCCUUCCUUUGAAGUGCAUCUGAAGGAGAACCAGAAUCUGCGCUCCGUCGUCUGGGAGGAGCCGCGCUUCGAGGGCAAGCUACUGAAGAUCUACAAGUCAUCCUUCCCGGGCGCUCUGUUCGGCAGGGGCGAUCACGAGAUCCGCUACGAGGCCACCACCACGGAUGGCCGUACGCAGCUAUGCAGCUUCCAGAUACGUGUGAAAGCUGCUGCCCCAACUCCCCCGCCCGCCCCUGCCGAGAUUAGCUACCCCGAUCCGGAUCUACCCAACGCUCCCGCUGCCCUCACCCAGCCCUCGCCCUCGCACAGCAGCCUCUUUGCUGGCCACGAGUCCUUCGUCGUCUGUCCCGGCAAGGAGCCAGUCAGAGUGACCUCCAGCCAAUUCGUCGAUCUGCCCGUGGGCUGCACUCUCAAGAACGUGCGCCCGCAAACGUCAGGCAAGACGCAUCUGAAACGCGGCAUCCUCACCUCGCUCAGGCGUCGAUAUAAUCAUUUCUAAUAUAUUUAUUUUUAAUUUUUAUUUAUUUUUUUAUAUAAUAAUGAACAUUUGUAAAAUUACAUGCAUUUCUUAUGAAUAUUUUUUUA